AUGGGGCAUCUUUCGUCUGUUGCCGAAUGCGUUCGGGGAAUCGCUCAGGCAAUCGCUUCAAUCUCGUCCUCAAUCGUGGAUCAUGUCACUCUGAAACGACGGCGUGGAAAUGAUGAUUCUGACGAUGAGGAGGAGGAUGAUGAUGAUUCCCUCGACAUAAAAUACGAGGCAGUAUUGGAAAGAGUGAAAGUGAAGUAUAUCGGUAAACACGUGGCCGCGAUUCGCGCGAGGAUUCAACCAAAUCACAAGAAGAUUCCUGUCGUUGAGGUUGGGCCUCCCACGCUCUAUGAGGAGGACAUUUUAUAUAAGGUAAAGUUUGCUGAUGGGGUUCAAUGGAUGCUCAAAGUCCCAGCUAUCGGAACCCCUGAUCAAUUCGAGAAAAGCGAUGCCGAGGCCCUUCGCUCAGAAGCAUUGACAAUGAUCAUGUUGCGACGUGAAACAACUAUCCCAGUCCCCGAGGUCUUUUCAUACGACAAUACAUGCAAAAGCAAGCUCAAAGUUCCUUAUAUUCUCAUAGAGUUCAUCGACGGUCGGCCUUUGAUGGAUGCAUGGCACGACCAGGAAUCUCCAAAAGAAGUUGUACAGGCGCGGCGUACACGCUGUCUGCAGGACAUUGCUGCUGCAUAUCUUCAACUUUCCAAGUACACAUUCAACGAACAAAAGCCCUUGAGAUUUGACGAUCAAGAUCGCCUUAUCGGUGUUGUGCCUAUAAAGGAAGACCCAUUCUCGGGCCUUAAGGCGGCUUUCACUUACCAUCUGGACCAGUGGGGGAAAGAUGAGUUUAUACUUCAAAAUGAGUUGCUGAAGCUCCUUCGGAUGUUUACCGACUGGACCCCAGAGCCAAUUGCUGGAAAGUCAUUCGUUAUGAACCAUCCAAACCGCAACAUCUUCAACUUCAUUGUCUCAGAUGAUGGUUCUGUGCGGGGAAUCCUCAACUGGCACAACACACAAGCCGAACCGCCAAGUGUAGGGAAUGAGGUGUAUCCACUAUGGCUGAUGCGCGACUGGGAUCCGACUGUAUACAAUUGGACUGAAGAGAUGGAACACGGAGUCAAGGACGAGGAUGAGGUAUGGGAAGACUCACCGGACACGCUGGAGUUCUAUCGAAAUGUCUAUGCGCAAUGUAUCGCGAAUCUGCGGCCAGAAAGCGAGAACGCCAAAUUGACCCGGAAUUCCCCUCAAUUCAUCCAUCUUAUGAUAACAAUGCAAGGGUCAAUUUUUAGUAUGGGCACGGCCAGUAAAAUCUUGAACGAAGUUAUGAAGCGAGUGGAGAAGAACGACGGUGAUCACAGCUGGCCAUUCAACCCACCCAACAACGAUAAAAAGCACGACAAUGACAACGAAAAUAAUGCUUCUUCCAAGGAAACGGAUGCGACAGGCCAGGAUAAUCCACCCAACGAGACCGAGGACAAAGCGGAACAUGGUGGUACCGAAGCAGACAUUGAUGAACAAGAUGAAGAAGAUGAAGUUGAUAUUUUUGAAUUUCUCGCCGCUUUGGACAGAUAUGGUCUGUGUGAGCAUCAAGAAAAGCUUCUCAGGGCGGGUUUUGACGCAUUAUUUUCCUAA